AUGUCUCUACUGAGAGCGGCUGGCACUAGCCUGCAAAGGAAGAACCGUGUGGGACCGCUGGCAAUACCUACCAGUUCGCUGAGCGACUCUUCCGUGACAACUGUCCGCAAAUUCAUUGGUGACCCUUUCGACAGGUACCUAGCUAGCCUCGGCUUGGUGAAGAAGACGAUGCCAAAUGACAAAGGGAGUAGUUUAUACAGAGCGGUCUGUGAAUCGCUUAGCAUGGAUCAGAGAGAACACGCUGCUCUUCAGCAAUUCAUCGAAGAGCAACUCCUUUUUCAGUAUCACAUCCAACGAAUUGAGGACGGGCUGCCGCGCGUGAACAGAAUCGAGGAUGCGCUAACAACCAUCGCUCAUCUUUUGAGUGUCGACUUACAUGUGUAUCGUGAAAUCGGAGAGAGGCCUGUCAUCUAUAAAGGAAGCACCGGAAAGGAGCCUGCUGAGAAGGUGAUGCUGUGCGAAACAUGUCGCGGCCAUUUCGAUUUAGUGAUUACAAGAGAAGAUCACACUAAUCUAGCUCUAGCUCAAACAAUCCUCUACGAGGCACUUUACGUUGGUGUUUUCGGAUUUUCUCGAAGUGUUAUCAAAGAAUCAAUAGAGAAAGUACGCAAAGACAUGGAUACGAUCGGAGCCGAUGUUCAAACCCCUUCCGAGUAUAUGCAAGAACAAUCAAAUGGAGACUGCUCCUUCAGUGAUGGGAGCAGUGUGCCGUUCGCGCCAGCCUGGCGACCGCCGAUUCCGUACUCAUCUGUGAAAUCUCUUGAUCCAUCGGUUUACCGUAACCUGGCUUACGAUCUAUAUUUGAAAAAUAAAAGGCGACCUAGCGAUUGCGGUGUCUUCCAAACUGGCACUCCUUGCAUUGUUAUUGAAGGUGAAUCGUUUUACCGGGCAUGUGUGCUAUCUGUCCCAGAUAAAAAUUCGAGGCUAGUUUUGGUGAACGGCAUCGAAAGGAAAGUGAGUGUGUCAAAGCUGCUGCCACUGCCAUGCUGCAUCUCGCCAGAUCGUAGCCUUCCAUACUCUUCACCGUCAACUAACACGGAGAAAUCCUCUCUACAAUACUUCCAGCUUUCAUCAAAUAAUGCUGAGACUCCUCCACAAUUUCCAAUAUCAAACGGAUGGCCUGCCAUUGGUCCAUACUGGGUACAGUAUAAUCGGACACAAUCCCUUAGAUUUCAGAACUCGCAAUUUUUUCAACGUUAUGAAUUACAGUAUAUGUAUCCAGCUGUGCCAAAUGGCUUCGUCACACCCACUAUGAAUUCUAAUGGAAAUUUUCCGUAUUACUAUGCUCCUAAUCUAUCAUCAGGAGAGUGCGUUUCCGUUGUUUGUGUGGAAUGUCCGGCAUACUCCAACCGCGAAUAUGUGGCUUCGUACCUCUACGAACAUGGAGGCUCCUCAGUGUCACCACACAGUGCAGUAGACUCAAAUCCUCCGAGGAAGGAAUUCAAUUCAUAG